GCCGCGCUGCUUGGUGGCGACCGGCGGCCGAGGCGGCGCGGAAGGGAGGCGGCUCCGGGCGGCAGGAAUUUGAAUCAUCAGGUGAGACAAUCUCAGAAACUUGUGCCUGUGCUUUGCGCUUCCUGCAGUUUACAAACCUGUCUGAGCCACUCAAGUCCACGGAAGAGGCUGAGCUUUCUGGCUGAAAUAAAUCUGGUUGGAAUGAUGCUUCAGUCUCCCAUCUUGGCGGAGGAAGUGCAUCAUGGAGUCCCAUAGCCAUGGGGCAAGAUGGGAGAAAUUCAGGUGGGGAGCCUGAUCCAUAGAGGAGAAUGGGGGAGAUGAGGACGUGAAAACUGAGAAAUGAACAAACUACGGCAGAGUUUUAGGAGAAAGAAAGAUGUUUACGUCCCAGAGGCUAGUAGGCCACACCAAUGGCAGACAGAUGAAGAAGGGGUUCGCACUGGAAAAUGCAGCUUUCCAGUUAAGUACUUGGGUCAUGUGGAAGUGGAUGAAUCCAGAGGAAUGCAUGUCUGUGAAGAUGCUGUGAAGAGAUUGAAAGCUGAAAGGAAGUUCUUCAAAGGCUUCUUUGGAAAAACUGGAAAGAAGGCAGUUAAGGCAGUCCUGUGGGUUUCGGCAGAUGGACUCAGAGUUGUAGAUGAGAAAACUAAGGAUCUUAUAGUUGAUCAGACAAUAGAGAAGGUUUCUUUCUGUGCUCCGGACCGAAAUUUUGACAGGGCAUUCUCUUAUAUCUGCCGAGAUGGCACUACCCGGCGCUGGAUAUGCCACUGCUUCAUGGCUGUGAAGGACACAGGGGAACGAUUGAGUCAUGCUGUGGGCUGUGCGUUUGCAGCAUGCCUGGAGCGAAAGCAGAAACGAGAGAAGGAGUGUGGAGUGACUGCCACCUUUGAUGCCAGCAGAACCACAUUCACAAGAGAGGGAUCAUUCAGAGUCACUACAGCUACUGAACAAGCAGAAAGAGAGGAAAUAAUGAGACAGAUACAGGAUGCUAAAGCUGAAACAGAAGUGAAAACAACAGCAGCUCCCAGUGCUACGCCCAGUAAUACUGCCCCAUCUCCUGGCUCCCCACCCUCUCCCACUGCUGACCUCACUGCCUCUCUAGAUAAAGAGAUGAACCAUCCCCAUGCUAUCCCACGAAGGCAUGCCCCUAUAGAGCAACUUGCCAGGCAAGGCUCUUUCCGAGGUUUCCCUGCCCUCAGCCAAAAGAUGUCCCCCUUUAAACGCCAGCUGUCAUUGCGAAUAAAUGAGCUGCCUUCAACAGUGCAAAGAAAGACCGACUUCCCCAUGAAGAACUCAGUCCCUGAGAUGGAAGGGGAAGUGGACAGCAUUAGCUCCCUGUGCUCCCAGAUUACUAAUGCUUUCAGCACACCGUCAGAGGACCCCUUCUCCUCUGCUCCUAUGACAAAACCAAUCACAGUAGUUGCACCACAGUCUCCUGCCUUUCAAGUUAAUGGCACUGCCUCUGCCUUCUGUGUGCUUGCUGUUAAACCAUCCCAAGCUGCUGUAGCACCCACAGCUAUGCCAGUUCGUGAAACCAAUCCUUGGGCUCAUGCCCCUGCUGCUCCUGCUGCUAAUACUGGAGCUGCAGCCACAUUCUCUGGUACUGAAUGGAGCACCUCCUCAGGUGCGGCUUCACCAAGUCUCUUCCAGAUGACUCACAGACGCACUCCCUCAGAGGCAGACCGCUGGUUGGAAGAGGUAUCAAAGACUGUCAGAGCCCAGCAGCCACCACCAGCGGCCCCACAGCCGCUAGUACAGCCUCCCCUUGCAGCUUCCAAGCCAGCAACACCUUUUCCAGUGAACACCUUUGUUGCACCUCAGCCAGUGCCAGUUGGUGUGGUACCGCCAAUGCAGCCAGCAUUUAUGCCUGCUCAGCCGUAUACUGUAGCAAACGGAAUGACCUUUUCUGCUCCCAGUGUGCCUGUGGUUGGAAUCACUCCUUCUCAGAUGGUAGCCAAUGUUUUUGGAACGGCAAGUCACACUUCAGCAUCCCAUCCCCAUCAGUCACCUAGUCUUGUCAAACAGCAGACAUUCCCCCAGUAUGAAACCAACAAUGCUACUGCCAGCCCCUUCUUCAAAUCUCCUGCUCAGCACAAUGGCUCCGCAGCUUUCAAUGGAGUUGACAGUGGCAAGUGGGCCACUGAGGACAAGCAGUUACAGCCUCCCGCAUCUGCCCACCAGGUAGAUCCAUUUGAAGCACAGUGGGCAGCACUAGAAAGCAAGUCGAAGCAGCGCACUAACCCAUCUCCAACUAACCCCUUCUCAAGUGAUUUACAGAAGACGUUUGAGAUUGAACUUUAAACAGUCCUGUGGCUUGGGUGUAUUGUGUGCUAGGAUGGAGGGAGCAGAGGACUAUUUCUAAUCAGUACAUUUUGAUAAACCCAAAAGGUCCCUACAAAUGAAGAGGGAGCAGUCAUGGGGAGGAGAAACCUAUGAUGAACCCGUUAUGCAGUUAUUAAAAAGGAAUCAUGGAAACACCCCUUUCUGCACUCCCCCGCCCCUUGGAAAGCUAAAUGGCAGAGGAAGUGUAACAGAUCAGAGGUGGGGAUUGGGCCCUGAAGCCCAUUUGCUCGAACAUCAAGAGAUCUUGUAUGAUGAAAAUCAAAUGAUCUACCUUUGUCUUUAGGAUCUUUCUACUUUUCUGUGAAUUGUGAACGUUCCCCUGGAGGAAAGAGGAAGCAAAGUUUUCUAAGGUGGGGAAAGGAGUUGUCGGAUGUACUAGGAGAGGGUGGAGUUGUCAACUUCCCAGCAAAAGCUGUUUGUGGAAAAAGUUGAGCUUCCAUUUUGAGUAACAGAGCGAAUAUUAUAUAUAUAAAGAAUAAAAUAAAGCCAAAAUCUUUAUUUUUAUGCAUUUAGAAUAUUUUAAAUAGUUCUGGCUAUUAAAAGCUGUAUGAGUUGUAAGUAAUCUUGCCAAAGGUAAAAAGGGGUGGGAUGUAAGAAAUUGUACAUAAGAUUGAUUUAUCACUGAUUCUUAUUGUAAGUAAUAUGGGGGGGAGGGAGGAGAUGGGUCCCUAGCUUGUUCUUGUAUCAGUUCAUUUGUAAGUGGCAUAUUGCAACAACAAUCAUGAGUCAUGACCAAUAAAGUCACUAUAUAGUAGUUUUAAAUAAAAAAAAAUAAAGAACAGUAUUGCCAUGGUUUGAAAACCAUGGGGAAAUUCUAUUGUCUUUUUUAAUGGAAUCAAACUAAAUAUUAUAUAAUAUGUAUAUUUUCUUUCAUGUAUUGCUGCAGUUUCCUUGUCUUAAUCCUAUCAAUUUUAACACUACUGUGAUUUACUGUAACCAUAUCUACAAUCUGGGGCUACCCAGGAACCCAUUUUGUGUUUUUUCAAUAGAUUUGUUUUUCAACUUUUGUUUUUGUGAAACCUUGUGAUUAGGGCUGCAGCAGUUCCAAGUUCUGCCUCUGGUGACUUGUGAAAUCCAUCUCGUUUUAACUUUACUUUUAAACUUUGGCCUUACAAGCAAAAGUAAGUUAUAUAUUUGUACUGAUGAUGAUGAUGAUUUAUAAUCUGCUUUAACAGAAAUAAAUGUUGGUGGUAGAAA